UCAGAAGGAGGAAAUGCCAGUCUUUCCCUAAGCUUGGACGAGAAAAGGAGCAGCGCCUGGAGCGGCGGUUUAGCGGUAAUCAGAUCAUCUUCAGAUAUGGGGAGAGGAAGAGGCUGCCAUUCCCUUUGACUACUAGAUGGAUGUGACAGUGGAGACGUGCCAGCUGGACAUGGCUGAAAUGAAGGAAUGGACUAUAAAUAUUAAGGAGGAGGACUGUGAGUUGGGACAUGCCUACCUUAAGCAGGAGAGUGUGUGCAUUAAAAAUGAGGAUUUUGAACAGGGGACUGUGGUUAUUAAGGAAGAGACUGAGGAGAAGCCUGUCGUCAGCGAUGUCCAAAAACACAAAGCAAUAGAGCAAGUCAAGGAAGAAGACAUUCAGUCCGGGAGUCAAGAUGGAGGAGUAAGUGGAUUAGUCUGCACUCCAAGUAGAAACUGUCCUGUUGAGGAGCAUCCUGUCAGUAUGAAGUCUGAUAUUGAUUCAGACACAACUGAGGAAAUGUCAAGGAGAACCUGGGAAGAUCAGUUGUCCUCUACAGAUGAGUCCGAAGAAGAUACACGGGAGAGUCCCGGCUUUUUUCCAUCUUUAUUUGCUCAGACAUUAUUUCAUGAUACAUUACGACAGACGCAACAUGUUGAAAAUAUGAAGAAAUCAACAUCUGAAUCAAAGAUUUUGACACUGGCCUCUUUGCCAUUGAAUCCUCUCUCAGUUGGGAAGCUACCAAAGAUUGACACAAUUAAUACUCAGCAACACGUGAAAAAUACAAAUUCAGGUGCGUGCAAAGAGCAAAGGACAAGUUUUAAUGAUAAGCAGUUGAACCCUACAAAGCAGAAGCCAUAUAGCUGUUCUGAAUGUGGAAAGGAAUUUUCAAGAAGAUGGAGUUUUCAGGCCCACACAACAAUUCAUACUGGAGAGAAACCAUAUUGUUGUUUGGAAUGUGGUAAAAGAUUCUCACACGGCAAAUAUCUUCAAUGCCACAUAAGAACUCACACAGAAGAGAAGCCGUAUUGCUGUUCUGAAUGUGGGAAACGAUUUCCAAGAAGGGGCCACCUGAUAGACCACACAAAAAUUCAUACUGGAGAGAAGCCAUAUGGCUGUUCCGAAUGCGGAAGACAAUUUACAACAGCAGGUGCGUUUGAAACCCACAAAAGAAUUCAUAUUGCGGAGAAACCAUAUUGUUGUUCUGAAUGUGGGAAACAGUUUUCAAGAAAAAACAGUCUUGACAUUCAUGAAAAAAUCCAUACUGGAGAGAAACCGCAUUUCUGUUUGGAGUGUGGUAAACGUUUCUCACACAGGAAAUAUCUUCAGACCCACCUAAGAAUUCACAGAGAAGAGAAGCCAUAUUGCUGUUCUGAAUGUGGGAAACGAUUUAUAUGUAGGGCCUACCUGGUGGUGCACACAAAAAUUCAUACUGGGGAGAAACCGUAUUGUUGUUCUGAAUGCGGAAGGCGAUUUUUAACAGCCGGGAGGUUUGAGACCCACAAACGGAUUCAUACUGGAGAGAAACCGUAUUGCUGUUUGGAAUGUGGCAAACGAUUUUCAGACCGAAACGUUCUUCAGAAUCACGCAAAAAUUCACACUGGAGAAAAGCCGCAUUGCUGUUUUGAAUGUGGGAAAAGAUUUAUGAGUCGGGGCUAUCUGAAGUUGCACACAAAAAUUCAUACUGGAGAGAAACCGUAUUGUUGUUCUGAAUGUGGGAAACAGUUUUCAAGAAAAGACCAUCUUAACCGCCACUUGAUAAUUCACACGGAAGAAACGCCGUACGGCUGUUCUAAAUGUGGCAAACACUUUUCAAGAAAAGACAGUCUUAACGAACACAAUAAAAUGCACACUGGUGAGAAGCCAUUUUGCUGUUCUGAAUGUGGCCAUCGAUUCUCGAGACUCGCCGAUCUUCGCAGCCACACAAGAGUUCACACCGGAGAGAAGCCGUAUUGCUGUUCCGAAUGUGGCAAACAGUUUUCGCACAAGAACACUCUUAUAAGGCACAUGAUAACUCAUACGGGAGAGAAGCCAUACUGGUGCUCUGAAUGUGACAGACGAUUCUGUACCAACAGUGAACUUCAGAACCAUAAAACGUUUCACACUGGAGAGAAGCCGUAUUCUUGUUCAGAAUGCGGCAAACAGUUUUCAAUAAGUAGGACUCUUCAGAUCCACAAAAGAAUACACAGUGGAGAGAAGCUGUAUUGCUGUUCGGAGUGUGGUAAACGAUUCACACAAAUCGCCAAUCUCCAGACUCAUGCAAGGAUUCACACCGGAGAGAAGCCAUUUUGCUGUUUAGAUUGUGGUAAACACUUUUCAGCGAUGAGUGCACUGGAGAUACACAAAAGGACUCACACCGGAGAGAAGCCAUAUUCCUGUUCUGAAUGUGGCAAACAGUUCAGACAAAUCUCCAAUCUGCAGACUCACACAAGGAUUCACACUGGAGAGAAGCCAUUUUGCUGUUCAGAAUGUGGCAAGCGGUUUUCUGAAAGGAGCAGUCUUAAGAAGCACCAAGCAAUCCAUACGGGAGAGAAGCCGUAUUGCUGUUCUGAAUGUGGCAAGCGAUUUUCAGUAAAGAGGGAUCUUUUGGUACACUCAAGGAUUCACACUGGAGAGAAGCCAUUUUGCUGUUCUGAAUGUGGCAAACAGUUUUCACAAAAAGGCACUCUACAGAACCACAAAAAAAUUCACAGUGGUCCCGCCACAAUGAAUAGACAAGACCACUCAAGUGUACCUUGAGCGAGAAAACGGGACACACGGCAGUGGUCAGUUGAAGGUACAGAGGAGCACACGCACUGUUAAUUUUAUGCAACAAAUCCCGAAUUUCCAGGUAAAGGAUAUCCCAGAAGGGCUUGUACAAAACUGGAAACUAAAACAGUAAUCUGUACAUGCAAAGUAAGUAAGAUAACUGAGUUGGAACCAUUGUAGAAAAAAUGCAAAGAAAUAGAGAGAGAUUGGAAUAUCUUUAGAGACCAGUAAAAGAAGAAAUAAUAGAGGAAAACAUCAGCAUUUAUACCAACAUUUAAUGCUAAAUUGAGUUGAAAACAUGUUCAGAAAAUAGAAGAUCAAAUGAAGGAAACAUAAACACAAUGACACCAUGGAUGAUCCGAAAUGAAGAAGAAGAUUAAGAUGAUCUGUGGAGUGGUGGCAUUUAAUGGGGUCCUUGCAGAAAUAUAACAGGUGAAGGUGUGGAGUUGUAUCUUAACACAAGAGGACUGCAACUUCACAAUGGCAAACAACAAACUCAGAAUUCAUUUAUAACCCUAAAAUGUCCGAAGAUAUAAACCAAAAUACAAAGACCCCUAAGUUCUGUAGAGUAUUAAAGGGAGGGGCACCCUGUGGCAACUUUGCUACCAGACACAAAAGAUCCUCAAGGAUGUAAUAAAGAAGCGGCCUGCGUCAGCAAACCACAGAGAGAAGCAGAAAUGCGACCUCAGGCCAUGCCAUUGCUUAUAUUUGUAACAGAUGAAGAAUCUGAACUCGGAGGGGAAGACACCCGGUGCAGAGGCCUACCCAGCUUGUGACUAUGGCACCUCAUAUCCCUGCACUGGGGUAUGGCAGAGUGUACAGAUAAGCAAGAAUUUACAAACGUCUGCACCAACAAUAGUGUGACUGCUGUGGAACCGAAUGAGUCGUAUGGCACAAAAGGCCAGUUGCUGGUAACUAAAGCAGAUGUCACAUUACGUGACUUCGAGUCAUGGGGGUAUGUCCAAUUUGCUGACCUCCAUGGCUGAUCUCACAGGAUCAUGUCAGUUUGAGUCAUUGUGAAGGGUGGCUGUGUAAUAUGACUUGUCCAAGAAUGUGUCACGGAGUGCUCCCAGCUCACUAACGUUAUGUAAAUGAAGACUGAAAAUCACCGGAAAUGCUGCAUAACGUGACCAGGGCUGUUGAUAGCUGGACUGGGAUUGACUAUUCUUCUGGAUUUUUGUGAAUUUUUUGGUAAUAUGUAGAACCUUCUUGGUCUUGGAAACUUUGGACCCUUUAGAUAUGAUGUCUGGUUUUGAUCAAUUUUCAGGGUGGCACAUGAAAAUCCAAACUAUCUUCGACUCCAAUGUUGGCGUACGUUUCUUAGCACGUACACAAAUGUACGCAGCCCGAUUCUUUUUGCAGUUUGCAACUGACCCAGUCUUAUGCCACUUCUUCACCAACUCGUGAAUACCACUCUUUGCUGGUAGGUUUACACCAGGAAGCUUCUGUGUGAAAAUGUCCCGCGUUUCCUUAAAAGAACCGGUAGACACAUACACCUCCACUACUCCAAAUCCUCUGUUGCAGAGAAUACAUCUCCAGGAUCUCUUUCACGCCCGUCUGUACCCACUGGCUCACAGCUUCCUUACUAAUGCACAGUUGGGGCUGCUGACCCCGUCGCGACAAUGAGGCUCCGUCUGUAUAGUAGCUCGUGCCAGCCAUCGGAGAUGGUUUGCUUUUUCGUGCACCACCCUUUACCUUUAUUGUGCAUUUCAUCAAUUAUAUUAGAAACUUGUUGUUGGGUUUCCUGAAAAAUGGGGUUGUUUAAUUUGUGGUAACAGUGCCCAUCAUUCAAUUCUA